CAGUCAUAUCAUAUUUCGGUUUGUGACGACUUUGAAAUGACGUUAGAGGAAAACACUCCUCCCGAGUGUUGCAGGAAGUGACGUAUAUAACUGUCUGGGUACAAUGGCGCCUCUAGAUUUGGAUAAAUAUGCAGAGAUUGCAAAGCAGUGUAAAUACCUCCCAGAAAACGAUCUGAAGAGGUUAUGUGACUACGUGUGUGAUCUUCUGCUGGAGGAGUCCAACGUGCAGCCCGUCUCCACUCCUGUAACAGUGUGUGGGGACAUACAUGGACAGUUUUAUGAUCUUUGUGAACUCUUCCGAACUGGUGGCCAGGUUCCAGACACAAAUUACAUCUUCAUGGGUGACUUCGUCGACCGAGGGUAUUACAGCUUGGAGACGUUCACCUAUCUGCUAGUGCUGAAGGCCAAAUGGCCUGACCGCAUCACUCUUCUACGUGGAAACCAUGAGAGCAGGCAGAUCACCCAAGUUUACGGCUUUUAUGGUGAGUUUUGAUUCACAGAGCUGAUGAGGAGCAGCCCCUUUUUUUACUUUGGAAAACAAUAAAUGGAAUAAUAAUAAUAUAGAACUAACAAAUACAUUGUGUUGAAAUAGGACCAAAAAAAUCAAACCAAAAACAAAAUAUUUUUUAAAGCUGUUUUUCACAAUAUUUAGUUUAUAUGACAUGCACAGUACUUUUCAUUCAGCAUUUUUCUCCCUUCCUGAUAUAAUAUUUUUGCAUAUUUGUCACACUAAAGCGUUUAAGAUCAAGCUAAUGUUUAUAUUAGACAAAGACAACCCAA